AGAGCAAUUUCCUGUUGGUAUCAGACGGAAUAAACGGCGUUGCUUUCGAAAGUCGAAACUCGUGUCGUCGCCUCGAAACAGUUCUGAAAGGAUUACGUCUAUUUCGAGAUUGCUGUUUCUAAAAUUUCUCGACAGGAUAGAAUUCUUAAACGAUAAUUCCCGUCUGACGGCAAGAACGCAAGCGGGGCACACCACGAUCCAUCAGCUCGGCAAGAUUGUAAAGCCAAACAAAUCUAUGAUUUCCAAGAAGAUUCUUUUUUUUAGUGCCUGUUUAUACCUUGCAUUAGCGUUCGCUGCCUUGGAAAAGCUGGAACAUCGGUCAAAGUGUCGUUCAAAAACGAUUCUUUGUCCCUGCAUGGACAAGAAUGGUGUGCGAUUGAACGUGACUGUGAAAACGUGCCUGGUCGAUCACUUGACCGGGAAGAAAUCUGUUUGCAAAGGAGAAGCAGUCAUAGCAAAAUGUAAAAGAGCUUAUUUGUCCUCAGAACGGCACAGACGAAAUGCUGUUUCUCUAACUCCUAAAUGCUUAAAUGGAACAAUCUUACCAUCACAAUCAUCAUCAGCUCUCACAGGUCCUCCCCAGGUCACAAUUAAUGGCAAUAGAAGAUACAUUUUUGUGGGUCAGAAUGUCAAAUUUAAGUGCACAGUGAGUAUUUCAAAAUUAUCAGCCACUGUGUCAUGGCUGUUAAAUGGCUCGGCCUUAGUUGCAGACAACAGACAUGAAUACCAGGACUGUAACACAGGUUUACUCAUUAAGGGAGUGUUACGAAGGGAUGCGGGAAACUACACGUGUGUUGUACAGAAUAAGGUUGGACAAGUAACAGCGUCAUCUUAUUUAUCAAAUGAAAGAAAACAACAAGGGCCAUAUAUUGAGUAUGUGAAACUAGAAGGCGACAGUAGGAAUACAGCAUAUACUGGGUCAACUGUCAAUCUUACCUGCAAAACCCAGGAUUAUACAGUACAGAAUAGCUUUUUCAAGGACAAGUCACUUAUUAAGGAGGGGGAUCAAAAACACUACCAAUAUUUUCAUAUGUCAGACCGGAAUAAAAAUGUGAAGAUUGUUAAUCUAGAGAUAAAAAAUGUCACAAUGGAAGAUGCAGGAAACUACACCUGUUAUGCUAUGCAUGACAAUGGACUUAAAUCAUUAGCACCAUUUCAUCUUAAAGUUGUAAAUUUGACGGCAACAUGUCCUCGGGGUUAUUACUGUCCAUUAGGAAGUGUGCAUCGGAUUCAAUGCCCCUGGGGAACAUAUCAGCCACAAGUGGGCCAAUCAUCACGUCAUGCAUGUAAACAAUGUCCUGACUUCAAGUUAAACUCGAGCAAACCAGAUCCUUCUCCAAAUAAACCAGCAGAAAAUAUCACAGACUGCGUUAAGGAAAACUUCGAAGAUGAACCCUUGCCAUCAAAUCGCAUCACACUUGUGGUGGCUAUAGGCAUCGUUACUGGUGUUGUUACCACCAUCAUAGUUCUACUGUUUUACUGCUUUGCGAAGAAGAAGGGCUGGCUCUCCUCAUACCGCAGCAGUGGCACAACUACAAACCAACGCAAUCCAGAGUCGUCGUCAUGUGAACCAGGUGAUUGUCAACUGCAAGGCUUGUGUGAGAAUAUGCAAGAUGCCGAGUUUGAUCAGGUUGUGAAAAAGGCUCCAGAAAUAGAUUACGAACCCAAAUGGGACGUAUUCAUCUGCUACAGCUAUAAAGAUGUUGUCUGGGUGAAGGAACUCUUUGCUGAGCUUGAAAAGCGAGGCUUCAUCUGCUGUAUUGACUUCAAAGACUUUAUCCCAGGAGUACCAAUUGUGGAAAACAUUUCUCAAGCAAUCUGCUACAGCAGAAAAACAAUUGCUGUGCUUACACCAGAUUCUGUGCAAAGUAACUGGUGGAGCCAUGAGCUGCAGAAGGCGCUCACAAGGAUACGAUUUCAUCAGGUCGUGCCCAUUGUAUACAAGAGCUGCGAAAUACCGCUGAUUCUUCGAGACAGGACAUACCUUGACUGGGAAAAUUGCCAUGUGAAACCUUACUUUUGGGAUCAGCUUGAAAGAGCCUUGAGACAACCAAAUGAUGGAGUGAUCUGACAUGUUAUAGAACUUCCAAUCUGCACUUUCCAUGCAAAUUUUGUUGUGCAAUGAGUGCUUCACUGGGAAAAUUGCUACAUGAAAUCUUACUUUUGGGAUCAGCUUGAGAAAGCCUUGUGACAUCCAAAUGAUGGAGUGAUUUGACAUGUUAAAGAACUUCUGUGCUUUUCACGAGAAUUUUGUUGUGCAAUGAGUGCUAGGGGGCUAAUUCUUUUUAGUUAUGCACAAAGUUACCUCCAGUUGAAAGGAAACCCUGAAACUAUAGUUUACCGGGGUUGAGAAAAACAGAGGUUAUGUGAACCAAAACAGAACGAGGAUUGUUAAAAAUAAAGAAGAUUAGGGCACAAAGACUGACUUAAGCUUAAAAAUUGCAGGUGCUCAUUAUUUAUUUUACAAAGCUAAAAUGACAAACCAAGCAACAAAAGGACAAGAAAGACAUUACAAACAAAAUAUUUAUUGAGCCUAGAAAAAUAUGACAAUUAAGCCCCUGAUAAUAAGGCUUAUGCUGACCAUCAGCUGUUCAUCCUUAAACCUAUUUCCUUACAAUCUAACUGUUAGCACAAACACUAAGGCUGUUAUGCAAAAUUUGGCCUUCUGCCAAUCUCCAGUAUCUGACUUUGUCAAUCAUAAACAACGGUUGCAGAACAAAAUGAGUGCCUAAAAUGAGAUGCAAAAACAGUAAGACUGCCGAUAUGAAACUGUUGCCAUUUACGUGGAAAUUUUUUAUUGCGAUUUGAGAAACUUCCAUGCAAAAAGUGCCUCGAAAGAUUGCUUUGGCAUUGAAAGGAAUGCUUUGGCAUGCUUUUGUGCUGUGCUGGGCUGCACUAGACUGGUCUGGAAAAAAUUAACGCUGGUGUUGCAUUGUGCUGUGCUGUGCUGCACUCAGGUCUGUUAACAAAAAAGAUCGCUCUUCAUUGUGCUCAAUUACAGUUUUCUUCCAAGUGGCACGGUUCAUGUCACUGACAAUGUUUGAAACUUUCAAACUACAAUUAAAUCUCACUUAGACAUCAGCACCCUGGCAAUUUCAUUGCACUCUUUCCAUUUCUGGCAUCCAUUUUGUUCCAAAACCAGUUUAUAAUGACAAGUUUACCUUGCUAUCAUUAUUUGAUAACUUAUUAACUUGCAGCCCUACAAAAGAAUCAUCAAUGCCAAGUUCAUUUUUCUAAAAUAAUGAUCUACAGUUUUAACUUGAAGUAUGUCAGUUGUACUUAGCACAUUCGACUGUCUUCAUUAAGCAGUUCUUACAGUUGA